AUGGACCGAGCCCACAGUCCGACUCUGGGAAGUAGGACAAGAUGCGAAAACGAGUUCAGACAACUUGCAGAUAGACAGCAUUUGGGCAUAAUACUUCGAAUUUCCUUGAUUCAUUAUCUUCAAUAUGCUGCUCAUGAGAUUUCCUUCAUACAACAGACGAAAGAUCAGUCGGUUUUGGCCGGGAUCAAAGGAGAUUGCCUCAGAAAUAGCUUCGAUAAUAAUGUUUUAGACAAUCCCAUCGUCAGCUGGCCAAGAGGAGUCUUCCGUCGCCUUUUGGUGGCAGCAACUUUCCAAUCCGUUUACUCGACACUUCCACUCGAAGUGGAAAUGAGCACAACUGAGGAAAGCUGUCAGAGAGACGAAAACCCCCGAGGCGCCUUUGGACUAUUACCUGACCAUUGGAAAGCGUUCUGCUGGCAUAUACAUCAGCAUCUAAUCAUAGCAUAUUGGAUUGUGAUUGAACAAAACUAA